CCGGCAGUGUUUGUCAGAGGAGGUUCUAUAAACACUUUAGUAAUCGUGGUGUUUUGAUUGUACAAAUAACAAAACAAUUGGUCGACAUGGAUAAUUUAGAAGCAAACAUUAUGGAUAAGUCCAUGAGAUCUGUUUUUGUCGGUAAUAUUCCUUAUGAAGCAACAGAAGAAAAAUUGAAGGAUAUUUUCGGAGAAGUUGGUCAGGUUUUAUCAUUCAAACUAGUUUUUGAUCGAGAAACUGGUAAACCCAAGGGAUAUGGGUUUUGUGAAUAUAGAGACCAAGAAACUGCCUUAAGUGCCAUGAGGAAUUUAAAUGGGUAUGAAAUUGGUGGCAGAAAUUUAAGAGUUGAUAAUGCUUGUACAGAAAAAUCCAGAAUGGAAAUGCAAAAUUUGUUAAAUCAACCACCAAUUGAAAACCCAUAUGGUGAACCCAUUCAGGCAGAAAAAGCACCAGAAGCUAUUAGUAAAGCAGUUGCUUCUUUACCUCCAGAACAGAUGUUUGAACUCAUGAAGCAAAUGAAAGCCACAAUACAAAAUAAUCCAACUGAAACACGCCAAAUGUUAUUGCAAAAUCCACAAUUAGCAUAUGCAUUAUUGCAAGCCCAAGUAGUGAUGAAAAUUAUUGAUCCUGUAUCAGCUUCAGCUUUGUUGCAUCCUUCAAAUAAAGUACCAGCUACUUUAAUGCCUUCAGAUAAACCACUUCAGGUGCCCAUUAAUACUAAUUAUAUUGCCCCUCCCCCAGUUCCAGUUCAACCACCCAGACAAGAUUUUCAACCUGUUCCACCACCAGUUAUGCACCCUAACAAUCAACCUGUAUUUACUGGUCAAGAUGUAGAUCUAAGAUCUUUAGAUCCCAGGGGCACUUCUGAUCCUAGAUUGGCAAGGAUGGGUGAUCAGGACAUGAGAACUUUAUCUACUCAGUUGCCAAAUCCAUUGCCUCCAACAGUUGGUGAAACCUUUAAUAGAGAUCCUAGAGGUGCUAGUAACUUCCCCGGCGAUCCUAGACAACAACAAAGAGUUGAUCCUAGACAGAAAAAUAUUCCACCUACGAAUCAGAUGCCACCACAAGCUAUUCGUCCGCCAGUUCAACCACCUCCAGUAAUUCCACCAAAUCCACAGAUUUCCAACAGAACUCCUGCACCAGUAAACUCAAAUAUUGGACCAGCAGGUGCUUCAGAUCAAGAAAAGGCUGCACUUAUCAUGCAAGUAUUGCAAUUAUCUGAUGACCAAAUUGCUAUGCUUCCACCAGAACAGAGAAAUAGUAUACUCGUCUUAAAGGAGCAAAUUGCAAAGAGUGCACAUCGUUGAUGUUGUUUUCUUCAUGUAUAUUAUAUUAAAAUAUUUUUUUUAA